CUACUUUAACGGUAUUCUCUAUAAACACUACUAGACUACUUUAACUUAAUUCCACCAUGUCUACUGAAAAUAAAGAGGAUACCGGUAGCUAUGUUUCUCCAGCUAUUAAUUUACCGACAUUGGAUCAAUUGAAGACUAUAUCAAAAGAUCUGGGAUUCCAGCUUACAGAUGAGGAAUUAUUGCAACACCGCGAACAUAUGAAAGGUGCUCAGAAGGCAUACCAGAGAGUCAGCGAGCUUGUGGAACCAACACUUGAAGUUAAAUACCCAAGAACACCCGGCCAUCGCCCUAAAAAUGAUAAGAAUGAUAAUCCGAACAAUGCAUGGGCGUGGAGAACUGAUAUACAAGGCGCAAAGGAGGGCAAGUUGUACGGUCGUACGGUUGCCAUAAAGGACAGCAUCGCAGUGGCAGGAGUCCCUAUGUCAAACGGUGGUAAAAUAUUCCAAGGCUAUGUUCCUGAAUUUGACGCAACUUGUGUCACUAGAGUGCUGGAUGCAGGUGGUAGAAUUACAGGCAAGAGUCAGUGCGAGGAUAUGACAUUUUCUGCCAAUAGUUUCACUUCUCCUUUUCCUGUCACCAACCCGGCUGAUCCUACACGAUCCUCUGGAGGUUCUUGUUCAGGUUCAGGAGCCUUGCUUGCCAAUGGGCAAGUAGAUCUAGCAGUAGGUGCUGACACAGCAGGGUCGAUUAGAGUACCAGCGAGCUGGUGUGGUAUUGUCGGUUUCAAACCUACCUAUGGACUUGUACCAUGCAGCGGUGCAUGCUUCUUGGAUCCUACACUCGAUCACAUUGGGCCAAUGGCUCGCACGGUGGACGAUUGUGCCCUGUUACUAGAGGUGUUGGUCGGGUAUGAUGGGUUUGAUUCAACGACGCUAUCAGAUCGACCAGUUCAAGAAUAUUCGAGGCUUGUGACGAAGGGUGUUGCCGGUUUAAAGGUUGGCUUUCUCAAAGAAGGGUUUGAAGGUUGCGAGUCUGACGUAGAACAGGUUGUCAAGACAACAGCUGAUAUGCUCCGCAACGCUGGUGCAACUGUUGAAGAUAUCUCCCUACCGAUGCACAAAGACGCGAUGCCUUUGUUUCAUGCUCUGACUGAAGGGAUUUAUAUCCAGUCGUUUUAUGGAGGAAGUAUGGGAAAGAGUUUUUACCCCAACUCAAUCACUGACCACUACCGAAAAGCAAUUAAAACAAGGCCAUUUGACUUACCAAUAACUCGGCAGGCAAAUGCGCUUUGGGGUGAAUUCACGAAGCGAUUUUACGAUGGCAAGUUUUAUGGAAAAGCCCAAAAUCUUUGCAAGGCUCUUACGGAUGAAUAUAACAGAGCUUUGGAGAAGGUUGAUGUUUUGAUUAUGCCAACGUGCAAUUACAAAGCGCCGAAACUACCAGAAUCGUCCAUUGGUAUCGAUGAGUUGCUUAGUGAAGGGAUAUCUAUGGUAAAGAAUACAGUUGCCGCAAACAUCACUGGCCACCCCGCAAUCUCGAUUAACGUCGGCUACUCAGAGGGUUUACCAGUUGGUGCCUUGAUAACAGGACGACAUCAUGAAGACGCCAUUGUCCUGCGAGUAGCCAAAUCUUUGGAGAGCGGACUUAGAUCGUCAUAGGCUGUCACUGUAUUUGCCAAUGACAUGUUUGGAUGAACAAAUGUCGGACUGGUUAAUACUUUACGCAUGGACUAACCCAAACAUGAGGCAGGCGACUGCUUCACCAAUACUUUACUGAAUAUUGUUUUUCA